GUCGGUGUAAGUGUAGUGUUGUGAUUUAGGUGCGUGUUUUGUGUGAUUUUGGCAUGUGUGUUGUGGAAUUUAGUGAAUACAAAGUGUUCAUAGACAGGUGUUGUCUUUAGCUUCUACAUGACACUGCUCCAAAUUAAGUAUUUAAGGCUGAGUGUUUCCCAAAUAAAAGUGUGAUGUCAAAUCGAUUAACUACUGGAAUUAUCUCACAUUGUAUAAAAACGAAAUGCAGAGUCGGCUGUUGAGGCGGCAUGGCCAGCCCGGCCGUCCAUGCGAGCGGCGCCCCAGGGCCGGCCGGUAGUCAGCAACAUCAACUGCAAAUCCAGCAACAGACUGAUCAGGAUAUUUCUGAUCAGCAACAGCAUUUAGCAUCAGCCGGACAACCUCCGCAAUUGCAACAGAUCCGAGGAGCUCCCGUACCUGACGGAUGGCGAAGGCUGUUGCAUAAUGGCGAGAUUGUCUACUUCAGUCCCAGUGGCGUUUCGCUGGUGUCGUUGUCCCACGUGCGCGGUUACUUGCUCACCACCGGCACGUGCAAAUGUGGUCUAGAUUGCCCUCUUAAGCCCGAGCUCGUGUUUGACUUUGAUCCGAAGACGCCAAGCAUACCUUGGCCAAGCACUUUGACGUCACGAACUAGUGUUUGCCUUCAUAAGCGCAAGUCGCCUUCCGAUAUGAUGGCAGCAAACAAGGUUAUUAUGCUGUCAGAGAUCCAAUCACAGAAUUGUAGUAGAAAGCGACUAUUAUAUUCUUUUUCUUUACAUACUGUUAGAAUUGCUAUAGGUGUAGAAAUAGUUAUUAUAUAA